AUGCGAAUCGUCCGGAAGGUUGUUAGAGGCGGGGGGCGAGGGGACGACGUGGAAGAGCGUGAAGGAGGUCCGAUCGCUGCUGGCCGAGAACGGGAAGAGCCUGGACCUGGUCGUGCUGCGCGCAGGGGACGAGGAACGGGUCCGUGCGCUCGACCAGGCCCUUCGGCGCAAGGAGCAGGAGAUCCUCCAGCUUCAAAAUACCGUCGAUCGGGUCAGGUACGUGCGUUCCGCGCCUCGAAUCGGUCGAGUUCCCGUUCGCUAAAACGACGUUCGGCGAACAGGAAGGAGCGCGAGAGCCUGAAGUCGGAGAACCUUCGAUGCACCCACCGGAUCUCGUACCUGGAGGAACACAUCGUGGAGUUAGAGACGGCCAUCCGUCAACGGCCGUCCCGCCCCGGUCACCACUACCAAAACCUCCAGGUCUUCCAACGAGGCGGGACGGUGACGAAGAUCCCGGUGUCCGGGACGGCGGGGAAGAAGAACUCCCCCUCGCCGGGAAAGGCGGGUCAGAGAUCGGGCAGCGCGGAACGGUUCGAGACGAUGUCCGACUGCGCCGGCCGCGUCCGCCGGGUGUCCCGCUGCCCUUCCGGUCCCCGCGGCGGAACGAGCGACGUCGACGCCGCUUACCUCUCGGACACGGCCAGGCCCCUCCCGCCCAAGAAACCCGAGCGGUUGAGUCUGUACCGGGCCACCAGCGUCCAGUCGGUGGAGCAGGGCGGCAGCGGCAGCGGCAGCACCCGCAAGAGGAACCACAAGGGCGAGAACCGAGUGAUGAAGACCUGGCCCUCCGUGGAACGAAGCCUCGGCAACGGCCUCGCGACCUUCAAGUCCAAGAGCGAAUUCAAGUGGCCCUCGCUCCAAGGCCUCAGGCUCCGAGGCGGCAGCGGCAGCAGCAGCAGCAGCAGCGUCGCCCUUCUCCACCACAACAACAAGAAGACCAAGGAACAGUGGUGUUGAGAGACCGAUCCACGUUCCCGCGGGCAUUCCAGCGACGAACUCGUCCUCUCGGACCCGUCGAAUCCGGCACCAAAGAUUCCCUCGACUUGUAAGAGCUGCGAUCUCGAA